UUGAUGUUUACUGUUUAUAAAAUAAAAAUACUACAGACAAAUGCACAUAUUUUUCACGAUCAUAACGUUUCAUAGAAGAUUGAAAUUUAAUAAAUAUACAAAUGCUAUGAAUCUUUUGAAACGUGUAUUGGAUCACAGUGUUAACAUAAAUCGUCAUCAUAUUAGAAAUUAAUCAAAAUGUAUUCAGAUUGGGCAUCAUUAUAUCCUGUGUUAACAGAGAAUAUUGAGGGCCAACAGGGAGGAAGUGUCCUGGAGAAAUUAUCUGGUGGUGCAGGGAGAGAUGUAGCUUUUGCUGUAGUCAAACAAAUAGCUGGAAAUCUAGGAAUUGCACAAGCCGCUGAGCCCAGUCCCUUAAUAAGUGAUCAAGAAGUUCAAUGGUGCAUGGAAGUGAUUUGCUUUGGCCUAUCACUACCGUUAUCAGAACAUGACACAAUAAGAGACUGUGUAAACAUUUACUGCGAAUGGCUAACCGCAUUGCAUCCAACUCCAAAAGUUAGUGUACCCAAGCCAAUUUGCAAGGACUCAAAUAUAUAUGCAAGAAAAAUGAUCAAACAUUUACAUAAUUUGUUUGUUCCUAGACAAGGAGAAGGAAGUGAUGUUAUAAACAGGCAAGCUGUACUUUGUCAUCGUGUGUUAAGAACUUUGCAGAACACUGCACAAGUUUCAAUCGAUUUGACAAGAGAAACUUGGGAAGCUUUAUUGCUGUUUUUGUUGGCAAUAAAUGAGAUUCUAUUAGCACCUCCAACAAUUAAAGAUGAUGUUGGAGAUCAACUAUGCGAGCGUGUGCUGAGUGUACUAUUUGAAGUUUGGCUUCUGGCUUGCGUAAGGUAUUGA